AUGGGCUUGCGCGAGAUCUCCUCGUCGUCGAGAUCCGAAGCCGUCGACAUCUUGAAACUCCGAACUCGAAAGGGGAACGAAAUAGUCGCCGCAUUUAUAAAAAAUUCGAGGGCGACGGCCACGCUCUUGUACUCCCAUGGCAACGCCGCCGAUCUCGGCCAGAUGUUUGAGCUCUUCGUCGAGCUCAGCUCUCGGCUUCGCGUCAAUUUGAUGGGGUAUGACUAUUCUGGUUAUGGGCGAUCAACAGGGAAGCCCACAGAGUAUAACACGUAUGCAGAUAUUGAGGCAGUUUAUGAAUGCCUUCAGGAGAAGUAUGGUAUUGCAGAGGAGGAUAUUAUUUUAUAUGGGCAAUCUGUUGGAAGUGGCCCAACUGUUGACCUGGCCUCUCGUUUGACUAAUUUGAGAGGUGUUAUUUUACAUAGUCCCCUCCUUUCUGGAGUGAGAGUGUUAUUUCCUGUCAAACAUACAUACUGGUUUGAUAUUUAUAAGAAUAUUGAUAAAAUGGGUUUAAUAAACUGCCCAGUGCUUGUAAUACAUGGCACGUCAGAUGAAGUUGUCGACUACUCCCAUGGGAAGAAGCUUUGGGAACUUAGCAAAGAAAAAUAUGAACCAUUGUGGGUGAAGGGUGGAGGGCACUGCAACCUCGAGCUGUACCCUGAGUUUAUAAGACACCUUAAGAAGUUUGUAUCGACUGUAAAUAAGAGAAAGACUUCAAAAAGCAACCCAAUUGGUGAUAAUGAUGAAGACAAAUUACAUGAACCCUUUGAGCACCCUGAGAUGUCAAGAAAGAGCUUAGACAGCAAUAUUGGAAACCCAAAGAAGAUGGAGCAGCCUGAGAAGUCUCGGAUGAGCACUGAUCAAGUUGACAGGAACAAGAAAAAGAAAGGUUGGAUUUGGUGAAUGGUCUUCAAAUUGAUCCAGGUUAAAAUUAUAUGAGCUGUUUAUUUGUGAGGACCUAAUUGAAUCUGUAUAUUUUGUAAUCCCUGUUGUAUUUCGUCUGACAACAUUGGAGUUCUCGGUGAGGGCUUGGUUUGAAAGGAGGCACAGAUAUUAAAUGAUCCCUUCAUCAGCCAUGGUCUUCUAACACAGAGAGACAUAUUUCCUCCUGCCAUUAUGGACAUACAUUUUUGUUAGUUUAAACAGGAGAAGCAGUUUGUUCAUAUUAACAUUGUUGCUUGAUCUUUGUUAGCCGCAGGUGUUUUGUAAAAUUUUCUCGUAAACACGAUGAACUCUCAGCUUUUCUUC